CUGAAUGCCCUUUUCUGUUUUGUUUACAAAGUAAUCCCUGCAUGCAGUUGAUCAAUCGCCAUUUUCAUGCAUUGUAAACAAAAGGCAACGCAGGGAUAAUUGAGAUUAGCAUUGAGACUUUGAACACUACUCGUACUGAAACCUAUAUCUUGUCAUAAUCUUGCAAUGUCUGGAGGUGUGUCUUGAUAACAUUGUGAACGCUAUCUUGACAAGACGACGCUGCUCGCCGCCAAUUCGAAAUUGAAGCCAUACUUUUAUUCGAAUGGAGGAUCGUGAUCGCUAAUAUAGUCGUCUGUAGAUGAAGAUCAUUACUACGUAAUUUCAGUUGUGCCUGGAAAUCCCAGCCUCUUUUCUAUAUUUUCUGCAAAGAACUAAACAAAGUCGACAGUCUCGGUAGGUAAUAAUUUAUUGGACAUUGGAACAUUGGCCGACAAUUCAGUAAGCCCUAUCUAUUCACAAGCCAAUCUCAACAGUAUAUUGCCUAUACCGAAAGAGGGCGACAGACAUGGAUACGACAACGACACUUCCUCCUGAGUUUGCUGACGUUACUUCCACAACAGCACUGGAGGCCAGGCUGCAAUCGGUCUCAUCAGAAGUCGUUUCUCCAGAAUUAGAGAGAACAUCAGCAUCCAUUGUUACCAGAUUCACAUCCUUUGCCACAGAAGCUAUAGGUAACGAUACUCUCAUUCUCAACUCAACAUAUAAUCCUGGUAACUGGAGUUCACACGUUAAUGUAACGCGGACUCCAACAGAAAUCGAAGACUUGGGUAUCAAGCGCCUGGUCGUCAUCCUGACCAACAUCUUCGUCGUCAUCGCCAUCGUCAUAACGUGUUUCCUCGCGUUCCACCAUCGACGAUGGGAGAAGAAGAUGAGACGUGAACGACAGAACGAACCAAUCUGUAAAUACGACGUCGUUGGCGUCGAGGAGGGGGAGGAGGAUAUCGGCGAGGAUUACGAGAUCUUCGACAAAUAGCCCCAGUAGAGACUUUGUAUUGAACUCGUCACGAUUUGAUAAGUGUUUGUUAUACUAUUAGCGUUGACCUUACACAUUUCCGUGUCGGUCUGGAAUCCCAGCAGACCACAUCUACACAUUUCUGUUGGUCGGGCCUUUGUAAAAAAUUGGACCACAAUUUUAUUUUUUUGAAAUCAGACGAUUAUGUCGAUGAAGAUCUAACAUAGUCCUUAAACUCCUUAAAUUCCACGUAUCUUGUUUAGGUUUCUAAUUUCACAUCACAAUUGCUCCUUACAUUCAACGUAUAUUGUUUAGGAUUCUAAUAUCACAUCACAUUGCUCCAAAAAAUGGAGAAAAAAAGUAAUUUUAGUGAACUUUCAAUGAAUUUUGAGUAUGUAAGAAUGACCAAUGAG